AUGCGGCAGGUGUUUCUCUCCGGGCAGAUGGUCCCUGAAUGCGACGCGAAGAUUUCCAUCUUCGAUUCAGGGUUCAAGCUCGGAGACACGGUCACCGAGUCGACUCGUACGUUUGGGCACCGCCCUUUCAAGCUCGAACAGCACAUCGAGCGACUUUACCGGUCGCUGAAAGUAACGCGAAUCGAACCCGGCUAUUCGCCGGAGGAGCUGACGCGGAUUUCGCUGGAGGUGCUCGAGGCCAACUUACCGCUGAUUGGUGACCAGGACGAUUAUUGGAUCGUGCACAACAUUAGUCGCGGCUUGGCGGUUUCAGGGGCCGACCCCACGCGGCAGCGAUCGCGGGCCACCGUAGUGAUUUACUGCUGGCCGCUGGACCUGAGGGAUUGGGCCGAAUAUUACGAACAAGGCUGUCAUGCAGUGACAGCGAUGAGCCGAGCUGUGCCGCCCCAGGCGCUCGAUGCGCGGAUCAAGAACUGUAGCCGGCUGCCGUAUACGAUGGCCGAGAUUGAAGUGAAACUGGUCGAUCCCGAGGCGCAAGGGGUGAUUCUAGACGUGGACGGCGAUGUGGCCGAGAACAAGGGCGGCAACUUGUUCGCCGUUUCUGGCGGAGUGUUGCAAACACCGGUGGCUCGGAAUGCACUGGCGGGUAUAUCGCGGGAGACGGUCAUCGAGUUGGCCCAGGAACUCGGCAUUGCGGUCCGCGAGAUGGAUCUGGCAGCUUACGACCUUUACACAGCCGAUGAGUUGUUCUUCACGAGUACACCCUACUGCAUGAUGCCAGCCACACGGUUCAACGGUCUUCCGGUGGGAGAUGGAAAGGUGGGACCGGUGACGAUGAGGCUUCUACAAGCUUGGGGCUCUUUGGUGGGACUAGAUAUUGCCGCACAGGCCGCGGAACAGAUGGAACGCAGAGAGUGGAAGGAACAGCCGGGAAUUCAUUGGGGGAUGUUCACGCUCCGGAUUCCUUUCUACCAUUUCCGCUUCGAAUGGCCGGAGACCAUUCAGGGUUUAGUGGUGGCCGGGGCGACGGGCAUGGGGUUAAUCCCGAUUCUUGUCGGUUACCUGGGGCUCUCUUUCGAAGUGGCCCUGGCAGUGGUUAUCGUGCAGUCGUUUCUCAUCGCGUCGGCCCCGCUGAUUUUUGGUGAUCCCUACUGUCAUGGCUGGAUCACGCCGGCCAUUCCGUUAGUGCUGGCGUUGAUGGGCCAUGUGAUCGAAGAGCCAAGCAUGGACCAGAUGCGGCUCAUUCAACUAGUCACGGUCUUCACCUUGGCCUGCGCGGCAAUCUUCUUUCUGGCUGGUAUAACCGGGUUGGGAAGGGUGUUUGUCGAGCAGAUUCCCAUUCCGCUGAAGGCCGGCAUCAUCUUCGGUGCAGCGGUUGCCGCGUUCCAUCACGAAUUCUCUUUCGGCGAGGGGACCAAAAGCUAUCUGGCAAGGGCACCAUUGAGUGCUACCUGUGCGGUGGCAAUCUGUUUGAUCCUCAUGUUCUCGGUUCCUAUCGCGAGACUGAAGCACAAAUACCGUUGGAUCGCGAUUCUUGCGGGAUUGGGGCUCGCCCCUGGUUUCCUUGUGGCCAUGAUCGUUGGCAGCAUGGCCAACGAGUUUCAAUUCAACGUGGAAUGGGGAAUCCACUCGCCGCCGUUCGCGGAAAUGUACGAGCAGCUCAGCCCCUUGAGCUUAGGACUUCCAAGCGACUCAGAAUUCUGGUCGAUGGUGCUCUGGCAAGUGGUCCCCUUGGCCGUGAUUGUCUACAUCAUUGGCUUCGGCGAUAUCAUCACGGCCAACGAAUUACUCCGUUCGGCCAUGCCGCAUCGUCCCGACGAAAAGCUGGACAUUAAUCCCACACGGACUCACUUCAACAUCAGCAUUCGCAAUGCUCUGCAGGCGCUGGCCGCCGGACCGUUUCCGGUGGUGCAUGGCCCCCUGUGGACCGGCGUGCAAGUCGUGGUUACCGAACGCUACAAGGAUGGCCGCAAGGCGAUGGAUUCGAUCUUUGGCGGAAUCGGGGCGUACUAUUUCUGGGGCAUUCCGAUUCUGCUGUUCGUGAAACCAAUCACCAGUUUCCUGGAACCGAUGUUGCCGGUGGCGCUUUCGAUGACGAUCUUGCUUACCGGUUUUGCUUGCGGCUAUAUCGGGAUGGCAUUACCGCGAAACAACGUCGAACGCGGUGUCGCGAUGUCGACUGGCAUGGUGCUUGUGCUGUUCGGCGCGUGGCAGGGAUUGCUGGUGGGGGUCGUGAUGACCUUGGUGCUCACGGGAUGGCCAUUCAUCCCAUCGUCCGACCACGAAGAAGUGGUGCUCGACUAG